AUGGUCACCAAGGCUACUGAAGUGGAGGGAGGCAAGACAGCCCCCUUCCAGCUAGCCAGCAGAUCAGUCUGCUGCUGGCUGCGGCGGGGUCCGGCUACCUCGGAUCUGGCCUGGUUGUGGAUCCAGUUCCUUCACAGCCCCAGACCCACUGACGAGGUGGGGAAAGGCGGAGAAAGGGUCAGGGUCUGGGAUGAGAGCAGCUGCCUGGCGCUGACAGUCUUGCUCUUGGUGCUCUGUGCUCGCAGCCUCGAGCUCUUGGACAGCAGUUGGUUGCUCAAUCGGAUACAGAGGGUCGGUAACACUUUCUCCGAGAGCCGGGUGCCAUCCCAGUGUCCCAGCGUGGCCCUCGCUGAACGGAACCAGGCGGCCACACUGCCAGUGCGGCUGCUCAAGGACAGCCCGGCAGCUCAGGAGGACAAUGACCAUGCCAGAGACAGUUUCCAAAUGAAGAUGGAUGCCCAUGACUUUGCCCCGGAGGAGCUGGUGGUGCAGGUGGAUGGCCAAUGGCUGAUGGUGACCGGACAGCGGCAAAUGGAGGGCAGUGACCCGGAAAGGGGCAGUUACAGCAUGUCACAGAAGAUGCACCGGAAAACGCGACUCCCGACCAACAUGAAUCCCACCGCCAUGACCUGCUGCCUGACCCCCUCCGGCCAGCUGUGGGUCAGAGGCCAGUGUGGGGCACUGGCUCUCCCUGAAGCCCAAACAGGACCGUCCCUGAAACUCAGCAGCCUCGGCUCUAAGGCUUCCAAGCUGACCCAGUAAACAAUAACCCUGUGUGCAGCA